AAACUACAGUAUAUGUCGUGUGUUUUGUGCAGUGAUGUGUUUCAUAUCAUUUUUCUGAAAAAAAUAUCACGCUUAUUAUAUACGGUGGCAGCGAUGAACAUACACAACUUAUGGCCCGAUCUUCGAGUUUCGAAAUCCACUGUGGGCGUAAACAUGUUAUUGCCGCAAGCUUGUCAAGCAACCAAUGUUAGAAAAGUCCAAAUCGUUAACAUUACCGGCAGUUUAGUCAUGUAUACACAAAUUCUGUAAUGGCGAUGUGAUCGCACGCGAAAUUUUUACUAGUCACGGUUAAAAUUUGCGGCGAAUCUCAAAAUCUUUUGACAUCGUCGGACAGGUUAUAGUUGUUCAAGCAUACGUUACUCCUCGGUUACUAUCGUGAUCGCAGUUCUUCAUAUUAUCAAAUUUGUCGAACAGGAAAGGGUUAGCUUGUUUAUAUACACGCACUAUGAGUACAUCCUGGAAACCCUGUAACAUAGGACCGACAGAUCCUGCUAUCAUGGAGAGUUUAAACAGUAUGAUUCUUGAUAUUGAUUCAACCAGCGACUCAUGUCCAAAAUCCUAUAUAAAAUAUUCUGAAAUGGAUGACUCUUGCACAAAGGGUCUUAAUAAUAAUAAGAAUAAUAACAAUAAGAAUAUUAAGAAAAGUUUCUUAUUAUUGGAUGCACAAGAAAAUCUGAUGGUUUCUGAUGUCAAAGAAUUUCUACAGAAAUUAAAUUGCACUGACAAAGAUGUUAAAGUGAAAGUUGUUUCAAUAUUUGGAAACACUGGCGAUGGAAAGAGCUAUACAAUGAAUAAAACAUUCUUUAUGGGCAAAGAGAUAUUUAAGACAUCAAAUGAACAGGAUUGCUGCACGUUGGGUGUUUGGGCAGCAUUUGAUCCUGAACUGAAUGUUAUUUGCUUAGAUACAGAAGGUUUACAAGGUGUUACAAAUUAUGAAAAUGAGCGUAUGAGGUUAUUACUCAAGGUACUUGCUGUGUCUGACAUUGUAAUCUACCGAAUUCAGUCUGAAAGAUUGAACAGGGAUUUGUUUACAUUCCUGGGUACUGCAUCACAUGCUUAUUGUCAUCACUUCAAAGCUGCCUUACAGGCGGUAGGACAGGAAGAAGAUACAAUAAAUUUGACAUCGUUUCUUACAAGCAGACUUGGUCCAAGUAUCAUUGUGUUACAUGAAACUAGGCAUACCAUACCAUUGACUAACAGUGAACCAGACAGUGCAGAGAAUAUUUUGAAGGCCAGAUUUCAGCAGAUGAAGCUCGAGAUCAAAGCUUUUAGCUCUAUUAAAUACGUCGGUCUGCAGACAAUGAAUAAUGCGACAGAUUACAAGCAACUGAGAUCUGCGAUUAAGGCCGAAGUGAGCAACACGAUGGUUCGUUUAGCCAGGAAACCACAAUUAGUGUACAACGCACUCAAGAUGUUGAAUAGAAAAUUCUCUGGCGAAACGGAAAGUUCCACCAAUAUUUUAUUCCCAAAUCAAUACUUCACUUGUCCUAUUAAAUGUCUAAGUUGUGGAAAUAGGUGUGAGAACAGUGUGGGACAUCUUCGCGAAGGGAAACCACACAGUAUUACCGCCAGGUGUCGAUACCAGCGACAAUUCGAAAACAUUGUGUACAUAUGCAGAAAAUGUUAUAAGAACGGAAACGAAGUAGAGGUGAAUAAGACAGAGCAAGAGGAAGAGAGCUGGUAUAGUUUAGCUAUGAGUGCUUGGUCAGGAUACACUAUAGAAUGUCCCAAUUGUGGAGAAAUAUACAGGAGCAGACAGUAUUGGUACGGAAAUCGAAAUCCGGAGGACGUCGCGAUACGCAAGAAAAUCACGCAUGUUUGGAGUACGUCGAAUCAUGCCAUGUCAUCUAAUAAUACCGCGCAACGGGUGAUCGACGGUGUCUCUUACAUCACCGAGGCUGUCACGAAUGUUUCCUUGCAACCUACGAAAGCGUUAACUGCUUGGGUUGCGGAUCAGGUGGCGCCUUCUUAUUGGCGAUCGAACAAUGAGAUAAAACAUUGUCACAACUGCAAAACUCCAUUCAGCUUGAUAGAUACCAAGCACCACUGCAGAGAUUGUGGAGAAGGCUUUUGCGCGCAAUGCUCGUCAAAGACGAAAAGUGUACCCAGCAGAAACUGGCAUACUCCCGUGCGGGUCUGUGACAAGUGCUACGAAAAGGAAACGAGUCACUCCAGCGACGAAUCUAUCGAGACUACUGAAGACAUUAGUAUUCGAAAAAUGACCGAGCACGUGAUGUCGACAUUUAACGUCGUGGGUAGUGUCUUUAACUACCCCAAAACAUUGAUAAAGGAUUCCAUUCGACCAUCCUAUUGGAUACCAGACUCAGAGAUUGUGCACUGUUACCUCUGCACUAAAAAAUUUUCCGACAAGCUGUCUCUACAUCACUGCAGAGAUUGCGGACGUGGAGUAUGUCAGGACUGUUCACCGCAUCGUAAGCCGGUACCUCAUAGGGGAUGGGACAAUCCAGUGAGAGUGUGCGACGCUUGCGUUUAAAAUUAAUCGAGCAGAAAGUAAAGUUUUUCGACAAUUUCACAAUUGUACAAAGAUGAAUACUUUUUACUACCAGUGAGUUUGCAAAAUGACCCGCAUGCAGCGACACAUGUCAGAGUUGUUUCUUUUUCGGAUUUGCGGAGUGAAGUGAAUAUCAAUGUUUCUUUCGACACGAUUGUUUUUAUAAGAUAUACAGGAAGUAUUAGAAUACUUGAUAUCACACUUUAUUCUUUCAUAAACUUAGAUUUAUCGGAGACUAUCUUACGGUCAGCCAUAAAAUUUUCGAAAACAUUUUUUAAGCAAUACGAUAAAGAAUAUUGAACUUCCUUAUUUUUCUAACUCUGGUGUUUUUAAUUUUAUCGAUGUGGAAUACUCAGUGCGAAGCACUUAUUGCAGCCGAGAUAUGCCUUAACGUACGACAACAAAGAAUAGAACACGUAGGCCUGGUCUAUAAUAGGUGUUGUAAGCUGUAAGCCAUAAGAACUGACCAAUUAUAGCCGAUUAUUUUUGUAAUAAUCGACUGUGAUUCGCUAAUUCUUACGGUUUACAACUUACGACACGUAUUGUAGACCAGGCCUGAAUAUAAUUGAGACGUAGUCGCGACAAGUAUUACACAGCUAUAGUUGUCACUAUAGUUUGUGUCCAUGUUCGAAAACUUGAUUUAACACGUUACUGUUUACUUUCAAAUAUGAAAUAAAUAUCCGAGAAUCUACUAUACUAUAUAAGUAUACAUUGAAUUAGUUCAAUAUUGAGGUCACAACACGGAAAUCUGAAGAAUAAACAUUUAUAUACAUCUUACAUUUAUUAUCAAUAUUGAAUUUAUUUUUAAUAUUGAAUAAAAAUUCUACGAACGUCGACUAGUUGUAGAAGCUUUGGUGCUAAUAUGUUUUUAAACAUACCCAAGGCUGAUUUCAGUUUGUGCUUGAAAAGCUUGAGGAGUGACUCCGAGCGUAUACAUAAGAUUCUAUAUGACACGAAUAACAGUUUUCAAUGUAUAAUUGUACAGGGAUGUAUGAUUGUGCCAUAAUAGCAGUUACUGCGUCGCUCGCAAAGGAGCUUCCCGUAGCGUGUCGAGUAUGUAAAUUAUACUUUCGGUAACGAUUUUUUAUGAGAUGUGUAAGACACGACCUUAUUAAAUAUGUAAGAUUAUUAAUAGCAGAGAAUUCUACGAAAAGUCGUAUUAUCACAAAUCUAUGUUGGCUACGAGCGAUAUUGUGUACAUAGUGUGUGGCGACACGUGUUAUGAUUGUACAUUAAUGUUUGUACAUAGAAUGUACCAAUAACAAUAAUGAUUAUAGCAGGUUCUAGAACCGGAUAGUCUGUGAAGAUAUAGUUUGCCCGUGGCUGUGACGAUUGUGAAUUCCGAUAAGAAGCAUUUGAAGACUCUCGCAUGCGCACGAUUGCGACGGAAAUAUGCGCAACGUAACCAUGUAAAUCCUCUUAGAAGAGGAGUGCAAAUUGUUAUCCCUGUCGAUGUCCUGUAAUUUACAAUAUAACGAUGAAAGACUAAAAAUAAAGUUUGAUUUCUCAGAAUA